UCGCCUUUUUUCUGGGUUUCAUAUCGUGCGUGAAGUAUGAUAGCGUUAUUUGCGUAAGUCAUCAGUCGGUAUUUUUCUCGAAAGAUAGAUAUCGCUUUUUACGAAGAAAUUUAUAUUACGUUGUCACUUAUUCGGAAUUCGAUUUUUCAGACAAAGUAAAACGCUUCUUUAUAAGUAUUCAAUCGGGCUUGUUUACCCUCGCAGUGCAUCGUGCCGAAAAUCUUCGUCAUCGGCGUUUCCAAAACAAAAGCCAUUCAGGCGUGUGAUCCGUCCGAGGAAAACAUUUCCAUUGAAUGAAUCAAUCCCAAUACGAUAACAACAGCGGAACGAAAAGCGCACGACAAUAAGUAAGUAUUUCAGUUCGGUUGGCGGCAUUGACUCGAGUGCGCGUACAACCCGCGCGCACACAAACAACUGCGAAAACAGCGUAUAUGCUUAUAUAUCUAUACGUUAUACAUACAUCAGUAUAGGGAGUGUAGUUGUAUAGAGCGACUGUGAGUGAGUGAGAGAGAGAGAGAGAGAGAGAGAACGUAGUACUUAGACGACGAGUUUAUAAUCAUUCCGCGAGACGAGUCCCGUGCGAAAGGACGACGUCCUUCCGUCGUCGUCGAGUGCAGAAACUAAAGCUGGGCCGGCCGCUGAUGGAUGGAGCUCAAUGGAAUGGCGGCGACGAGAUGGAAGAGCGAAGGUCCAUUCGGGACUCGGGCAGGGCGCCCAAGAGAUACGGCAGCACCGCGAGGCACGUGACGAGGAACGAGACCCUGGUCAAGCACCCCGUCGACAAGUCCGACACUCUCCAAGGCAUUGCCCUCAGAUACGGCGUUACGACUGAACAAAUUAGAAGAGUAAACAGACUUUGGGCCUCGGAUAGCUUGUUUUUACGAGAGCAUUUGCUCAUUCCAGUUAGCACCGAUAGUCCCUUAUCUGCUUCAAGCACAGUUGCCUCUAUUUCUGAAAGUUUUGACAGCACUAAUAAUACUACUAGUCCGUCUUCUGUGUCCUCUCCUGUAGAUGAUGAAAAUUCUUCGGUUAAUGACUUUUUAGCAAAAAUGGACUCCUCCAUAGCAAGUGUGAAAAAAGAGAUUAAGAAAGUACAAGGCAGUAGCGAAUUUCUGAGCCAAGGAGACGAUAUGUAUGUACAACGACGAAGAGCCACAGCUAGGUUACGAAAUUCUCAUCCGAUCACGUCCAACUCACACUUAGUUUCUGUAGAAAACCAGCGACCGUCGUCGUCUGGUGAUAUACAAAAUUUACCAUCGGCAGUAGUCAUGACACAAGGUAGGAGAGUAAAGACAUCACUGCAAAGGUUGCAGAAGGAACAAGACGAAAUGUUUCAGUUGUAGCAGUUAACGUUCGUUCGUUAACUUAGAGCAGAAAAUUCCAUUGAAAGUGUGCAGCUAUAUCUGAUCGUAUUUUGGUUAAGGUUGUUGAUCAGUAUAAAGAUUCGGAUCUGUUUGUUAAACUACCUGUCGAUGACUUUUAGAAUAAUUAUUUAUAUCUUACUGAAUGCUCAAAAUAUGUAUGAUAAGCAAUUGCUUGACUGUCUAGACUGCUUUAUAAAGUUAAAUGUUAGUGCAUAUUUAGGCAUGAUUUUGAUAUUGUGUUUGUAUAUCGAGUAUGUACAGUACAGAUCGGAAUCAUUAUCACUGUACCACAAAAUCUAUUUGCUAUAAUUGAUGAAUUUUUAGAGAAAAUUACAAGCUGGAUUAAAAAGGUGUAUGAUAUGCAUCUUAUUCUGCUACAAAACUAUAGAAGACUAGUAGUUUGGAAAGUAAGCUUUGCACAUUAUACAUGACUAUCUGCUCAUGACACUAAUUUCAACUUCAUCAAUCUUGGUGAGCACGAUUUUUGCCUUAACCAAAAACUGAUCACUAUAAAAAAAGUUUAUAUAUUUAACUUAAAAUGCGGUAUUUACAUGAAAUUUGUUCGAGCGAAGCAACGUGAAAACUGAAAAGAUUGAAAUUAUAAUUUUAAUUGAAUUAAAAUGAACUAUGAGAAAAUUUGAAGACACCUCUAAAUGCAUUUUUUUUUCGAUUUCGAAAGAUGUAUGCACACGCGAAAAAGUAUUCAAAGAACAAAAACUGUAUAACGUACAAACACGAAACAAAAUUCAUGUAAAAACCUAAUUUGUUUUGAAAUGAAAUAUUUCAUCUUAACAAAUACGUAAGGUACUAAGCAUAGCUUCGCUCCGGAGCCGAGUGAACACUGUACAGUUGUUGGUUAAAUUGUAAGAAGUUAGAAAGGAUUACGCGAGGAUAAAAAUUUGAGCUACAAAAAGUUUAAUGAAUCACGAUUCACGCGUGCCUUUGACUGUAUUGGGUAACGCGCUGAACGAUCACGUUUUGCCCUAUAUUAUAUUUCUUUAAAUUAUACUAUGACUUGACUGUACUAAUGAAAAUAUGUAUUUUCUCCAUGAAAAAAAGUAGUAGUUAAUACAUAAAUCUAUAUAUAUACAAACAAAACGCUAAACAAAUAAUAUAAAAACGUCCAUCGUUUCAAAUAUAUAUGUACAUCGUAAAUCGUGAUGGCGCAGGUUGCUUGGCAAGCUGUUCUGCGUGUGAAUUGCUUGUCAAUUGUUGGCAAUAUUCUGUACAAUCUUUAUUGUAAUAAAGACGUAAGUAUUUCUGCCGAUUAAAUUGACAACGCGAAAUAGAUAAAUAAUUAGCUUUACGAAUUUUUACGACAAUGAAAAUGUUUUUGUGUCACAAACAUGUUUUUGGAGGAAGUAAUUUUUAUCAAGAACGUCUGUUGCGUUUAAAGUACAUAAAGCACAAUCUAUAAAACUUGUUGAUUGUUCCAUCGUGAUACUACGAUUCUCAAUGAGUCUAAUAUCUUGUUAAAUAUGUAUGAAAAAAUUUAUUCAAAGUUGCAUUAAGUUUAUAUUAAUGCGUCGUUUGUGACACCGCGAAUGUUGAAAGAAUGAUGCUUGAUUAUUUGUUUCAAUUGCUAAUAUUUUUAUUUAUUUAUUUUUGUUCUUUAUCAAGAUUCAUGAAAGCAAGGUAAAUAAUAAAUAUAUAUUAUUUAAAAUUAUGAUAUUUCACUGGACCAUCACAUUUCUGCUAGUAGCUGUGGAAUCGAACAAUGUAUACUAUGUAAAGACGAUAUAUUCUACAAAAGUUCUAUGUCAGUGACUAAGUGACUCGUAAUUAGAUGUGUAAAAGAAUCACUGCGGCUUUUAUUAGCAUAAUAUUAAAAUGUUCUUCUUAAGAAA